GGGAACCUGAAGGGCUCGCGUUCGCCCGCGGGGGUGGAGCGGCUGUUCUCCGGCGCCGGGCCGCGCGCGCGUGACGGACGGAGGAGCUGCCGGUCCCGAGGCGGCGGCGGGCGCGCGCUCCCUUCUCCGCUCCUCCUCCUCUCGCUCUCUCCUUCCGCGGCUGGCCGGAGGGCCGGGGACUCCGCGGAGAGACGCCGCUCCCCCCCAGCCCGGAGCGGCCCGAUCGAGCGUCCGACCGCCCCUUCCUCUCGAGGCUCCCCCCCCUUCUCCCCCGCCCACGGCGUCCACGCCCUCGAGUCCCGGGGCCGCCGCUCAUUGUGCUGCGCCAGGCCCGCCGGCCCGAGGACUUCCCCGCGGCCUCUCUCCCUCCCGCUCCGAGCUCUCCCGUCCUUCCUGGGCCAUGGAUGGCGGGGAUCUGACGAGCUUAUUUCUUCUGGUAUCACUAACGGGCCUUUUACCAUGAGCAACUCGACUCCAGUUACAGGCAGCAUGGCGUAGUGGAUAGAGAGCUGGCCUUGGAGCCAGGAAGACCUGGGUUCAAGUCUUGCCUCUGACAUAUACUGUGUGACCCUGGCUAAUGGGAAUGACAGCAAGAAAUUUAAAGGAGAUCGAUCUCCCUGCUCUCCUUCUCGUGUUCUCCAUCUUCGUAAAAUUCCAAGUGAUGUUACUGAAACAGAGGUCAUAUCAUUAGGUCUACCAUUUGGCAAAGUAACUAAUCUCUUGAUGUUGAAGGGAAAAAGCCAGGCAUUCUUAGAAAUGGCUUCUGAGGAAGCUGCUGUUACUAUGGUGAACUACUACACUCCAGUUACUCCUCACCUCCGAAGUCAACCUGUUUAUAUUCAGUAUUCUAAUCACAGAGAACUUAAGACUGACAAUCUACCUAAUCAAGCCCGAGCUCAAGCUGCAUUGCAAGCAGUGAAUGCUGUCCAGUCUGGAAGUCUGGCCCUUACUGCAGCCCCAGGCAAUGAAGGUGGAAUUCUUCCUGGGCAAAGCCCUGUUCUUCGAAUAAUUGUGGAAAACCUCUUUUACCCUGUCACUCUUGAAGUACUCUAUCAGAUUUUUUCCAAGUUUGGAACAGUCUUGAGGAUUAUCACCUUUACAAAGAACAAUCAGUUUCAGGCCUUGCUUCAGUAUGCUGAGCCACUGAAUGCACAUUAUGCCAAAAUGGCUCUGGAUGGCCAGAAUAUCUAUAAUGCAUGCUGCACUCUGCGUAUUGACUUCUCCAAGUUAACCAGCCUUAAUGUGAAGUAUAAUAAUGACAAAAGCAGAGAUUUCACUCGCCUUGACCUUCCUUCUGGUGAUGGCCAGCCAUCCAUUGAUCCUACUAUGGCUGCUGCUUUUGGUGCACCUGGUAUAAUUUCCUCACCAUAUGCAGGGGCUGCUGGAUUUGCCCCUGCCAUUGGAUUUCCUCAAGCUACAGGUCUUUCAGUUCCAGCUGUUCCUGGAGCUCUUGGUCCUUUAACCAUCACAACCUCUGCUGUCACUGGAAGGAUGGCAAUUCCUGGGGUUCCUGGUGUACCCGGAAAUUCUGUUCUGCUUGUCAGCAACCUCAAUCCUGAUGCUAUCACACCACAUGGACUUUUUAUCCUGUUUGGGGUGUAUGGUGAUGUACAGCGUGUGAAGAUUAUGUUUAAUAAGAAAGAAAAUGCUUUGGUUCAGAUGGCAGAUGCAAAUCAAGCUCAACUAGCCAUGAACCACCUGAGUGGACAGAGACUUUAUGGAAAGGUGCUUCGUGCUACUCUGUCAAAACAUCAGUCAGUCCAGCUUCCUCGUGAAGGCCAAGAAGACCAAGGUUUGACUAAGGAUUUUAGCAAUAGCCCUUUACAUCGUUUUAAGAAGCCUGGGUCUAAGAACUUCCAGAACAUCUAUCCACCGUCUGCCACCCUGCAUCUUUCAAACAUCCCACCUUCAGUUAUGGUCGAUGACCUGAAGAAUCUAUUUACAGAUGCUGGAUGUACAGUUAAAGCCUUCAAAUUCUUCCAGAAAGAUCGCAAAAUGGCCCUCAUCCAGUUGGGAUCUGUGGAGGAAGCAAUCCAGGCACUUAUUGAGCUGCAUAAUCAUGAUCUUGGAGAAAACCACCACCUCAGAGUCUCGUUCUCCAAAUCAACAAUUUGACUUUUCUGUGAACUUUCCUUUGAAGAAUGGACCACAAUUUCAGUAAAACCUUCAGACAGAGACUGACACAGCUUAAGACGAAUUCUGCCUCUUUUACAAAAUAUUGAAUUAAACUCUUGCUGAGUUUGAUGUUUGAGUGUAUUCAUACACAGUAAAGAAUCAAGGGAUUACCUUUUUUUCCAUUAUUUUCUGUCAGUAUGUGGUAAAAGGUUUAUUAUAAUUUCUCCACACCAGAGUUUCUGUGGAAAUAUCCUAUUGGAAAAAAAAGGAAUAUUUUUUCAAUCAGAUGCCCUGUGUUAAAUUCUCUUUCAGGGGAUAGCCUUUUAGUUUUGGUCCAAAUCAAGCUUACACAACAUUUCCAAAUUCCUUCAUGGUUUGAAUUAUUUAGACAUCAUUACUUCAAAAUCCCUUCGUGUAAGCAAAAAUAUUUGUCUCUGACUAGAAAGUAUAACUCCUGUACAGAGAGAUUUUACUUCAUGAAUUAUAGCAAUUUUCGGUCACUACUUUGUGACACAAGAUAAUGAAUUCAAAGGCAAACUGAAGGACUCUGAUGUCUCAAACAUAAAUUUAUAUGUAUAAAUUCCUAAUGAAAAACAAUUGAUCUUUUCCCUCAUUCAUUGGACUUCAUUCUUAUGUUCUUAGUUUUAUUAUGAAAGUAAGAUUUUUGGAGAAAGGCCGUGCCAGACUCUCUCCCCAAAUCAAGUUGGAUUGAGAUAGAACCAAGACCUGUUUAUUGGAUUAAUUAAUGCUUUUAUUGAGUAAAAAUCAUGUUUUAUCUGAAUUCACAAUGACAUUUUUCCCAUGAAAUGAUGUGUAGUAUGAUUCUGGAAAAAUUAAAAGGAAAAAUAGUCCUGAUUAAAAACUACUUUUUUACAUUUGUUUUCAGAUAAUAAAAAAGUUUACAGUCUUAAGGAAAAUAUUCAGGUCUAUCAUAUGGUUUGACAGAUUUUUUAAAAGUUAUUUUUGGUAAGGUCUUCUUUAAAAAAAAUUUUAAACCUCAAGGGUUUUUUGUACCACUAUAAUCUAAUACUUAAAUCAAAAUUACUGUGUAUUUACUUAAUUUCUUAUUACGUGCCUUAUUAUGUGCUUAUAAUGAUACAAUAGCUUAGAGUUUUAUCUAAAGUAUCUUGAAAACUGUAUUGUGGGCUUGGUAAGAGAGAUUUUUUUUUUCUUUUUGAUCUUUAGGAUUUAAAAUGUUUUCAUUGUGAUUUUAAAAAUGGUUUUCAAUAAGUAGUAGUCUGAAUUCAAAUUUUUGGUGCUUUGGUGCAGAAAUAGGGUGGGGGGUGGGGUUUGCGGGAUUGGUAAUAACUCAGUGCAUAUACCCUGUAGGCCUCUUCAAAUUUUAUCUCUUAGCAAUUAGAGCCCCAUACCUGAUAAUUUUUUUACUGUAAAGCAUGGUCCCAAUUUAUUGAUCUUGUGUAUACUCAUCAGAAUUUGUCUCAGGAUUCCUUGUUUGUUUAUUUUUUUUUCUCAGUACUAAAGAGAGAAUUUGCUUUUCUUUGCUAAUAUAGCUUCAUUAUUAAAUGCCCACAUAUUUGAAGAAUAAGGGAAGAUUGGAUUGGGAAGGGGGGGAGUGUCUUUUAUUUUGUUGAACGUAAGACUGUAUUUUAAUGUUGCUUCAUUAAUUGUGUAAUGUGACAUUUGUUUUUUUUUUUUUCUAUUAAGCAACUUUUGGUUAACUAUUAUUUUGAUGCUUGGUCAGAUUUUUGAAAGCAUUUUUCAUUUUUAAGGAGUUAUUUUUGUCCACCCCUUUUACUUAUUUCAGGUUUUAAUAGAUAUAUUAAGUCUCAGUUCUUGUGAUUCAUCUCAGUUACUCAAUUUCAACAUGUUUCCUUGCCAUAACACCAGCCAUUAAUUUUAAUACAGUGAUGAUCUUGUGAGAAAAACUAGAUCAAAUUUCUUAUAGUCAUCUUUCUAAUAAAAUUCAGAGAUUGAAAGAAUUAUGAUAGUCAAGCAGAUACAAUUUACUUAGUCAUUGAUGAUGAGCUGUUAGAAUAGGAAGGAACGUGAAGUUAUCAUCAAGUGGACCAUCUUAGCAUUUGGUUGAAUAGGCAAUUAUGGAUUUUGUGUGUGUGUGUGUGUGUGUGUGUGUGUGUGACCUAUUAAAUGGUAGAAAAGACAAAUUAAUUUUUUUAGGUAAUAAACUAGAAUUUUUUGUGUUUUUUUUUUUAUCCACACAGUAUGUAGGAUACUAAAAGAGCUACAUUAUUCCAUGGCAUAUAUUAAUCAGAAUAUUUUAUAUUCCUCUUUUGGUUAGAAAAUAUAUGACUUAUGAAACUUGUUCUCAUAAGACAGUUAAGCUAAGUGCAGCAAAGGCAUGCUGAUAGAAGAAGGCAGAUCAUAAUGGAGUUGAAUGUAAUUAUGAAGCAGGUCUUUAAAUCUGAGAGAACAUUUGAAUCCUUAUCAGGGACUUUGUGUAUAUAUGUGUAUGUAUGUAUAUACGUAUAUAUUCAUACAUACACUAUUCUGAUAUUGUAUAUACAUAUGCACAUAACAUUUUAAUUUAUUGACAAAGAAAAUCUAAAUUAACAUUUGGAAAAGACAUAUUCUUGUAUAAAAAUAAGGUGUUUGGAAAAAUUCAAUUUUUGUCUUAAAUUAGCCCAAGUAUGUGGAUGUUAUCCAAUUUGGGCUUGUUUGAAUUAUAGAGGUCUACAGUCUAUGUGUUGGCACAGGUUUUGUAAAAGAAAAAAAAAUUGGGUGGUGGAAAAUCAAGAUCUGUGUGCUUUUUUAAUUUUGGCAUGCAUUCUCUAUAUUCUAAGCAAUUUUUUUAUUUUUGCUGUUGAUCUGUAGUGUUAAUUUUUGAAGUUUAUGUACUUUAUUUUAAAAGAUACUAUUAUCACUUUUGGAGGUCUCUUGGCUUUUAGAUAAAGUGCAGAUGCAGAUUUCAAAAAUAGCAGUACAUUUAAAAUGCAACUCUGACUAUAUAGGUUAGGCUGAAAUACAAAUUCUUGUUUUCUUAAGCGAUUAAAAUAAUUCACUAGUCAGGUUUAAAAAAAACAACAACAGAAGAACAAAAUACAAAUCAAAAAGUCCCUUUGGUUAUUUUUCCCUAACAGCUUGUUGGAAAAGAGUAGAAUGACCUGAUAGCUCCAUUGUGAAAGUCAAUAAAAUGUUGGGUGUUGAUACCUUUUUCCAAUUUACAGAUGACUAUGUUGUUUGAAGAAAUUUGGGCUUUUUCUGUCAGUGAAGCUCUCUAAGACUAUAAAUUGUUAGAGGUAUUCCAAAUCUAUAUUUGUUAAAAGGAAAUUUACUCACUCAGAGUCUCCUAUAAGCAAUGAAAUCAUGUCAGAUGCAAAAAGCAUGUCAGUGACUCAAAAAAAAAAAAGUAUUGCUCUUUUUUGUGAAGAACUUGACUCCAUUUAGAACAAGUCUUUUAAAUGCAUGGCUAACGAAUUCAGGGGGAAAAAUUAAGUAGGCUCCAAAUACUGUUCUUAUUUGAUGUAAUAGUCUAGCAUUACCUUAAAUUUAAGUAAGACUGGAAGUAGUCUUACAGAUCAUUAUUUUUCUGAGAAAUAGCUCUUGGAAAACACUUAGGAAGUAUUUAAAAGAUCCUUGAUUUUGUAAAUGUGGGUAUUCCUUCCCACACCCCACCAAAAAAAGAAAAAGAAACACUUGGUAGCCAGCCUUCUAGUGAUAGGACCCAUCUGACUGGAUUUCAAGGAGUAGCUGUACUACAUGACCAUAAGUGUUUCCUUAAAGCCUUCUCAGCUUGGUGUUUAGAUCCAGAAUUUGUGUUUGCUACAUAUAUAACCUUCAGGAAUCCAAGAUCACCCCUAGAUCAUGAUAAGUCAAUGGAGUAGGAUUUCAGUAGACAUUUGAAAAAUAAAAAUGGAAUUUAGCUUGGUAUUAUAGUUCCAUUUUCCUUCAGCAUUUUAGAUAUCUUUUGCAUAUAAAUGAAAUAAUGGAAAAUUAUGUAAACCAUCUAAAAGACCUAUCAUGAUUGAAAUGAUUAUUUUAGUCUGGGUGUUUCUGCAUUGACUUAAUGUUUUUGUUCUUUUAAAAGUUGAAAUUAGAAAUUGAAUGUCAAAGAAAGCUUUUGCAGUUUUAGUAUAAUUUUUCAUGAUUUGAUUCACUCAUGAGUGUCUUUGCAUUGGCCCUAUUUUGUGUGCAAUAAUUUUAAGUGAUUGGAGUCUUUGAGCCUCUGUAUCUUAAAGAUGAAAGGGAGCCAUCACUGUUACGUGCUGUAUUUCACACAUAAUUUUGUAAACAAAUUCAAAAUGCCUAUGUCUUUUAGGAAGAGUGUGUAAGUUGCUUUACAGUAGCAGUUUUGCUUUUAUACAUUUGUUAAGUUUGUCAUCUCAUUCUUCCUCUAAAUUUGACCAAAAGGUAACAGGGCUGAAACUAUGGACUGUUCCCUGAGUCACACUUAAAAGGUGUGCCAGUUUUUCAGUCCAUCUCCUGGAUUCCCUUCUGUGUACUGCUAUUUUAAAAACCAAGAUAUGAGAGUAUACUUGUGUUAAAGCCAUUUUUGUUUGCCUUUUCCUUUGUCUUGUUCUGUUGUUACCUAGAACAAAACUGCCAGACUUCAAAGUUUUACUGCUGUGCUGAAAAAAAUAAUUCACAUGGCACAAGUUUUCCUUUAAGCAAAAUUUAACUCUGUUGUCUUUUAGAAUAUGUUUGUAAUAUACAAGACUAUUUGUAAUUUUUUUUUCGAAGCAGAAAUUCCUAGCAUACUACCAAUUAUGAAUUGCUAGAAGAAGAAAAAAUUUUAAAUGUACUAUUUGACUUGGGGGUUUUUGUAGAGGGGGGGGGAACAAAAAACCAGGACCAAAGUUUAUGUGCCUUCAGUAGUCUGAAUUGUCCUUCUCCCCUCCCUCCCCCAUUUCGCACUUAAGUAGAAUCAGUUUCCAUAAACUGUGUACUAUAUAGAUUUUUUAAAAAAUGUUGGCCCACUGACUAUCCAUACAUGCAAAAAAUUGUGACUAUCUAAAUGAAGUCUCAGUUACUCCUUUGCCUUUACCAUAUGAUAUUCAUUGUAUAACAUUGUGUAGGAGUCCAGGCUAGAGCUGCUUCACAUCUUUGUAGUGGUCAUGGUAUCUUUUCUAACUUUGGGGCAUAUGGCCUAGUGGGAUAAUGGCCUGGUCCAGUGCCCUUGGGAGAUACUAGUUAUGAUCAGAAGCUUCUUUUUGACAAGCUUAGAUCAGCACUGUAAACUUUUUUGUUUAAGUUCUUGGAUUUCUGCAUUGUUUGUGAUCGUAGUGAAUAUUUAAAUAGCUGCUUUCAUGCUGUCAUUUUAAUCACAUUCCAGUCUUCUGUUGUUAUUUUUUUUUAACAUUGUUACCCAAAUCCUUCAAAGGUUCAUCCCAGAUCCAUAGCAGCACAAAUCAUAAAGAUUGCUGACCAAGCAAGUUCUUGCUUCGGAAUGUCACCUCAUUGCUCUGACCAAAGACUGACUGUUCUGGUUUUACUGAGACAUUCUGUUAAACUUUUCCCCACUCUCCUCCAAGCUCCUUUCUGAAAGAAGACCCAAUGCAAAGUGGCCUUUUCUUUUUAUUUUCUAUUUGGUGAAUGGACCACUUAGUGAAAAAUGGGAGUUUAAAUGUGAACAGAAUGAUUUGGGUUAAAGGCAAGGGAUAAUGGAUUAUUUUCAGUACUGUAUUCAAGAAAAAAAAUAGCACAGCUAGGAGCCUCUGACAUUCUAUCGUGUUUUACAUGGUCUGUUCAUAAAAUUCCCUUUUUCAGUUUGUAAGAAUGUUCAUCUAACACAAGAAAAUGCUGUAAAUAUUUGUAACAACAUUUUUUUACCUGGCAAAAAAAAAAAAGGUUUUUGGGAACAAGUUAAAGUAUAAAGUGGUUUUAUAUAAAAACAUCAAUUGUCUUGUAUAUUUUGAUAAGCAACAGUACCAGCUUUCAUUUGUAAAGCAGUUUGUGGCAUUGGAGGAAAAAAGGAUUCCAUGUCUGUUGAAAUGACUUAUGUUAUAAAUGCAAAGAGAAGAUAAAAUAUUAAAGAAACAUAUUUUCUAACUGCGUAGUGCAUGGUUAAUUCAAGCUUCUGUAUACUACAGUAUAUUCCAUUUCUCCUAAGUUUGUGUACUUGCUGAUUAUUAUUACUCGAUUAUCUAUACUUAACUCUUUUCCUAACAAUUCUAGUGUUAUAGCAUGCCUUUUAAUAAAUGUCAUGACAUCUGUACUCUCUUAAAA